AUGUAAAUUAAUGGCCGUUUAACUUCAGGUGAUAAAUACCCUGAAGCCAAUAUAGAAAAAGAGGCGGCUGAAAUGGCAUCGAGAAUUAUGGAGAGAGUUCGUUAAAAAUCAAAUGUCAAAUCUGCUUAAAGGAUAAUAGUGAAACCAGAAAAUUUUAGAUCAAGUGAUUAUAAACCUAGACCUUCUGAUAUUCAAAUCGGUAGGGAAGGAACCACAUCUAUUACUGAUCGUAAUGAACUCAAUUUUGAACCUAAUUUCAAUCAAUUCAAUCCCCUCAAAAAUGGCUUUACAUCAAAAAACAAUUUAAUCGAAACCAUUAAAAUACCUUAAAGAUCAUAGUUCAAAUCGGCAUCUACAGGUAUGUAAGACAUCUUUUAAAAAACUGUUAAAUUAAACAAUAACAAUUAUUACGUACCUGAAUUUUAAUCAUAAUCUACUACUGAUAAACCAGAUAGCACUAAAUUAAUUAAACUAACUGAUAGUGUAAGUAGUCUGGUAAAUCAGAAAUACGAUCUAUAAGCUAAACAUAGAAGAGUAGAAAGUAAUACACAAUUUAAGCCCAUUUUAAAUACAAAACCGUAUCAAUUACACACUCCUGUUAAGUAGAAUAAAGAAGACAUAGUUUCAUAAUUAUUAGGAAGUUUACGAAAUCAGAAGAAAUACUCAGACUAUAAAAAUUCAGCUGAAAAAUGAACUACUAUAUAAAAAUUUAAUUUACUCUAAAAUAAAUAAGUACAAGAUAAA